UUUUGGGCGAUUUUAACCUAACAAUCAGUGGUAAACAUAAACAAAGGGAAAUUCCUGGCCAGAAAUUUGCGUUUUCUCCGCUUACAACAGGAUAUCCUGGACGAAAGUCACAUUUCCGUUGUGUGCAUGUAGAUAAUGUCAUUUUACAGUAACAUAAUGUAUCCAGACGAUUCUACAAAUCCUGAAAGUGCACGUGAGAAGAGAUCAGUUCUGGGCUUCCCGUACAGCAUGCCAACCAGUGGAGCUUGGACAAACCCAUGGACAUAUGCCGCCCAUCCGAGCUUGAUGGAGUUCAAAGGGGCGCCAGUGAUUUCCACGCCCACGAAGACGCAAAAGCGUCGAUCAGGCAUUGAGCCAAGUGUGCCAGUGAAGAGGAUUCUCACGGAGGAGAAGAUGGCGGCCCACCUCAAUAAUCUUCACAUAUCCAGCGACUUCACUUCCCACAGCAAAGCCUCAGAUUAUCCCACGGAGUCCGAGAUGCAGCUAGACGGCGAGCAGCCAUCGCAGUAUCUUGUAAAUAUGAGCCAGUGGGAUUUGGAGCAGAAGCUGCGCAACGCCCAGCGAAUCACGCUGUGCGAACAGGUGAAGAAUCUCGAGAAGACUGACUCGAUCAUCCCGAAGGUGUUGCUGGACAAAAUUGAGAAUCCCUGCACAGCUCUCGUGCUCUGGCAGCCGCCAACCAUCCUCCAGAGACUCAUUGUGCCGCAUAAGGAGCAGGAGAGCGCCUCUGAGGACGAGGAUCAAGUGGACAACAACAACUCUUCAGCUGUGGAUCUCAAUAACUUUGCAAUGGAAACGGAUAUUUGAAUGCUUGGAGUCUCGAAGAUUGUGGACAAUUAGAUUUUAUAUUUUUAUCCAGUAAUAAACUAACGUGAUAAGAGUGA